AUGGGCCCUCUCCCUAUCAUUGACCUUUCGACAGAGCAGAGCCCCGCAACCCUUGCCAAGUUGCGACAAGCGCUACUUAAAUACGGUGCCUUUCGCUUAUGUUCCCCCGAACUGAAGCAGGCGGUUGAUGGAGGCCUAUUGCGUGAGGCCCGAGGCUUUUUCCAGCUCUCAAAUGAAAUAAAACAACGAACAAGAGGAUACUCAGGCUUUGGUACGGAACUCGUUCGUGGGACUACACCAAUACCGAAAGAAGGUAUCAAUUUCUUUCGAAAGAACGACCAGCGAGAUGGUUGUAUCUCUCCCCCAGCCGAGUUUUCUCGCUCGGUCAUAGCAAUACACGAUAAAUGGAAGCAUUUUCGGGAUCAGUUGCUCAACAUAGUCUUUUGUGACGUUCUCGAGUCGGAGAUACCCUUGAUGGGGACCCCGACGCUUGACUCUGAGUCGAUAGGCAUACAAUACUAUAACCCUCAACGGAUGAUCGCUGGGGAUAGCGAUUAUUCUCCUCCACAUAUGGACGGUGGCACGCUGGCGAUAUUAAUUCGAGAGGAUGACGAGGAUGACGGUUUAGAAGUCGCGGACCUUGAAUCCACAGAGGAGCUUGGUAGCGACGGAGUAGGUCGUGAGGCUGUUUUUAUGCGUGUUCCUGCCGCUCCAGAUGAAGUGGUAGUGUUAGUAGGGACUCGGUUGCAACGUCUACUGGGGAGAACCAAAGCUCGUGCCUGUGUGCAUCGAGUAGUUGGCCCAGGGCAGAAUCAUGCAGAAGAUCGGGUUAGCGUUGGAAUAUUUCGUGCUUGUGCUCCCCCUCCGCUUAGAGAUGUCACCAUUAGUUAUUGA